AUGUCUUCAUCUCGACUAGAGAUAUUAAACGAUGGGGGACUGAGACACGAUGCCAGAAGACCGUAUGAACUCCGAUCUACUUCAUUCGAACUCUCCACUCAUCCAUCAGCUGAAGGAAGCUCAACAGUCACUCAAGGAUUGACGACUGUACAAGUAUCGAUAUUUGGACCUAGGGAGCCGAGGCAACGAAGUAAUGCAUCUCAUGAUAGAGCUAUUCUAAGUGUCGAAGUCGGAGUGGUACCCUGGGCUCAAGGUGCGGGCGGUAAAAGGGUUAGAGGAGAUAAACGUCUACAAGAAAUCGGAGCUUCGAUAAGACAAACUUUCGAACCUGUGAUAAUGACACAUUUAUAUCCACGAAGUGAAAUAGCUAUUGAUGUUCAAGUAUUAUCUGCUGAUGGCGGUAUAUUGCCCACAUCAAUAAACGCUGUUACGUUAGCAUUGAUUUCAGCUGGUAUAUCAUUAUUAGAUUAUGUUACAUCAAUUUCAAUUGGGUUACAUCUAACUCAACCUCUACUUGAUCUCUCACAACCUGAAGAAAGUGAUUUACCUAAUAUGGUAGUAGCUUCAUUACCCACUUCAGGUAAAAUCACUUUAGCUCAAAUGGAAACUAGGUUACACGUGGAUAGGUUCGAAGAGAUGUUGAAUUUAGGCGUAGAAGCUUGUAAAGUAUUGAAAAAUGAAAUGGAAUUAGUAGUAAAAGAUAAGACCAGGAAGAUCGUUGAUAGGAUGGAAAUCAAAAGUGGUGCAGCGAUGAUUGUCGAUGAGUAG